UUCGCGUUUGGUUGCUCGUGCUACUUCGGACCUUGAAUCUUGUGGCUCUGCUCUAGAGGACCUUUGAUCACGUCGAUUGAGUUGCUGUUUGUUAUCUCCAUUUUGUUUGUUUCCUGAGAUACGGUGAGACGUGUGGGACGCACAAAACAGCAGUGGUAGGCGCUACUGUGAAACUGCAUUACUCUGCAAAAUUUCUGUUUCGUUGAACACGUCCGAGCAUACUGUCGUAUUCAAUCCGUUCAGAGGGAAACUCAUUAUUAUGUCUCACGGUGGCAGAAAUGAGUGCAGAAUAUACGUGGGAAAUUUGCCACCGGACAUCCGAACGAAGGACAUUCAAGAUCUCUUCUACAAGUUCGGUAAAGUUACUUUCGUUGACUUGAAAAAUCGUCGGGGACCACCGUUCGCUUUCGUUGAGUUUGACGAUCCGAGGGACGCAGAAGAUGCAGUACAUGCGAGAGAUGGUUACGAUUAUGAUGGUUAUAGAUUAAGAGUUGAAUUUCCGCGCGGCGGCGGACCCAGCAAUAAUUUUCGCGGUGGACGCGGAGCUGGGGACAGUGGCAGGGGUGGCCGUGGUGAGAUGAGCAAUUCCCGCGGCCGCGGUCCCCCUGCACGACGAUCUCAGUACAGAGUGCUCGUCACCGGUCUGCCACCAUCUGGUAGCUGGCAAGAUUUAAAAGAUCAUAUGCGCGAGGCCGGUGACGUGUGCUUUGCAGACGUUUAUAAAGACGGCACCGGAGUCGUUGAAUUUUUGAGGCACGAUGACAUGAAGUACGCUGUGAAGAAGUUGGACGAUUCACGAUUUAGGUCGCAUGAGGGCGAAGUUGCCUACAUUCGUGUGAAAGAAGACCACAGCGGUGGCGAUAGAGGACGUAGUGAAGACAGGGAGAGGGGCCGCAGUCGUUCCCGAAGUUACAGCCCACGGCGUCGUGGCUCUCCUACUUACUCGCCAUUGCGACGUAAUUACUCGCGAUCAAGAUCUCGCUCCAGAUCUCGUUCGUACGACUAGUGUGUACGUAUGUGCUUCACAUGAUUACAUAAGUACAGGUUUAUAUUGAUAUUUUCUCUUAAUCAGUAAUGUUCCAUUAUUGAUUUAAAUUUCACUUGAGGACGGCUUCUUCCAAUCCAAAUAGACUUUCUAAAGAAAUUUAAAUCAAUUUUUGUAAUUAGUUUAAUUCAUUGAAUUUAAUUGAGUUACAUCUUUCGAUUACAUCUAUGUAUAGUGAAAACAUUUUAUUUCGUAUAGAUAUAUAUAUAUAUAUAUAUAUAGAUAUAAAUACAUGUACGUGUCACGAUUUUUAUUCAAAAAUAAUGAAAUCGUGCUCGUUGUUACGUGUAUGAUUGUUUAUUAUCUAAAUUAUCAGAAUAUUCUACUUUCUCAUUUAAAAAUACAUUCCUAUGCAUAUUUACCAAUUUGUUUUUGUCAUCGUUUGCGAAAUGCGUAACAAUACUGAAAAGCAUCAUUAAUGAGACUUUUGGCUAAAUUAAAUCUAAAUCUUUAACUUGUCUAUCAUUUACUUCGAUUUAACUUUGAUAUAAAUGGUGGAUGUACUGGUGUCACUGAUAUCUAUUGUGAAUAUUUUUAAUUGACAAUAACUCAUUCACUUUUUGCUAAUGUACAAGAUAUCUCUAAUAGUGGUGACUAUUUGAUCGCAUUGGAGCCAGUGUACUCCAUCAACUAUAUUGACAAUUGAGACUUUGUUUGCACUUGGAUAUUAGCAUAAUGAAAUAUUAUAUUCUCAAGCUUGCCUAACAAAAAAAAUUCUUGCCUAACAAUAACAUGCAAUUGUACUUGUCAAUAGAUUUGAAUGACCUUCAACCGUUUGAGUGCCAAGAAGCGUGAUCGCGCUUCCUGUUUCAAAAGUGUCGAAAGUGCCAGAAAAGUGCGUUGCCAAUAGGCUUAUUGAUUCUCAGGAAAUUAAUAAUUUUUCAGUUAAAUAGAGAAUACAUUAAACUGCACAAUCAUCUUACAAGAGCAAUUCUUAAAUAUCAAGUUAAAAUACCAAAACAAAAGAAGGAAGCGCGAUAGCACUUGUUGACAUUUUUCGACGUAAAUGAGAGGCGCGAUUGCGCUGCUUGGCAAUUUUCGCACGCAUUCUUGCGACCGCCUUUGGCACUCAAACGAUGCAUAAUGUUCACGAGGUUAUUCAUUGAUUUUGUAAAUUGCGUUGGAUUGCAUUGUUGCAGGACAAAAUAUCUAAAUUAAUCAGACUAAUGUAAACAUACGAUUAUAUAUUAAAUCUGCGAAUAAUCUAGACAUUGGCAAUUUGUCCGGAUUUAAAUUUUAAGUGGUGUACGAUAAAUUUGAAAUACGGUGAAAUAACUAUUAAUUGAUAUAUUGUCCUUUGCAUUUCUCUAUUUGUGUGUUUUCCUUUCUCACGUAUUUAUAUAAUUAAAUGAAUGUUUCAAAAAUUGAAUUGCCUUCUGUCAAAUUCGAAAGGAAAACAUUCAACAUCAUGUAUUUUACUAUUAUUGCAAAGUGAUCCUGUGAUCUCGCUUGAUGACUUAAUUUAUAAAUUGUUCGCUAUAUAAUUUAUAAAUGUAUGUGUUUCUCAAAAAUGCCGAAUAUUUUUUUCUAGAAAAAAAAUCUAUAUAUUGUAUAUACAAAUUUCACGGCUUUAUAAAGCUACAUCACAGGUAUUACAUUUGCAUUGAUAAACUAUAUAUCUAACACAUUACAUUGUUUGCAUUAUAUAAGAAACUAAUGUAUUUUUUCUUCUUUUGUAUAUUGGAUUGGAUUGUAACACAAUGAAUGAAAAACUGAAAUCAACACGAUCUUACUUCUUGGAUGGAUAUAAUACACAUUCGCUUGACGUUGGGAUGAGAUGGAUUGCGUUUCGGACGGAUUUUGUAAGGAGAUCAUAAAUUGUAAGAGGAUUAAAAAAAAAAAGCAUAGAUGAAAAUGAGAAUCGCGAAAACAGGAUACUUUCAAGAGGAAAAUCAGGAGAACAUUUGGACGAAACAAAGACGAUUUGUUCCAUUCAAGGAUUCUCAAUUAGCGGGAUUUACUCCGGAUUAGAGCUGGAUCAGGAAACGUUGGCAAGUCCAUUACGAGGAGGCGAAAUAAUGGUUAAUAUUUUUUUAUUUUUUUUUGUAAACUUUUACAAGUUUCUAAAGUUUGAAGCAAAAGAUUUUUAUGUGUCGCUGUUUGAAAAAAAAACAUGAAGAGAGUGGAAAGUCUUUAUUACAUUACGUGUUUACUUAGAUUAUCCGUUAAAGUGCUUCGAACAUAUCAUUUCCGUAUUAUGUCGAGAAAAAAAGAAACAAACGUUCCGCGUUUAUCCAUUCACUUGUAAUCUGAAUAGUCAAACUAGUAAUGGAUUGUCAACUGCACGGAUUCUAUCGGAAGCAUUUUCUUCAUAAUUCUAAGUUUCUUGGACUUUAGUGAAGAUUUAUUUUUCGAAUCGCACUCAUUAAGGACGGAUUUUCGGCGGGGUGCUUAUCCUCUUGAUAACAGCAUCAAUGACAUCGAAUACUAGACUCAAUUCUGUUAAUAGCCAUUAUACGUAUGGAAAGAUUCGUAUUUAGUGUUAACUUGAAAGGUGGAAGUGAUCCCUGGGAAAGAACUGUCGCGCGUCUUUCGCGACUGUCGCAUUGUCCGAUUGGUCAGAGAAUAUGACGUGUCCGCCGGUAAUCAUGGUUUUGGUCGACCGAUCGCGUAAACCACAGUGCGCGUCUUCAGGAUUUAACUGGCAUAAACAAGAGGAUGGCACGUUUGGGUAAAGCAAACUGUCCGUCACAUCUUGACACGAACUGGGCCCCAUAGUUUUAGAGGAAGCGAACGAUGCGACGGACAGGAUUCCGGAUUAGGAUGCCGACAGGAUUGGGAAACGGGAUAAAAUUAGUAUGCAUGGACGGAUAAGGAUAAUUUUGGGAUAAGGAUAAAAAUCGUUCAACACUGGACCGUGUCGUAUUGUCACCGGAUCGUGUCGAGCGGAUCACUCUCUCGGAUUCAUUAAGUGAAAAAAAAAAAAAUAAAACGAUACGCAGUAAUGGAUGCGAGGAUGUGGAUUUGGAAGCUCGUUCACGCUUCACAUAGGGUUCACGGAUUUCUCUCCUAGGUCGGAUACGGGAUUUGGACUUGCGUUUAGUGGGAUACAGUCGGCAAGAUAGUUGGAUGUCAUUUAUCUCGAGCGGAGAUAAAACGGAUGAGACGGCCGCUUGCCGUAAGGUAUUUGCAAAACAGUUUAUACCUGAGAUAUAUACUAUCGAUAUUUAUUUCUGCAUGCUUCCUUUGAAAAUAUUCUUAUAUUCGUAUUUUCAUUUUUGUCACCAAACAAAGGCAAAAGCAAAUUUUAGUAACACGCAAUACAACCUGCCUCGGAAAGAGACUUAAAAUGUGUUUGCAUUGAUUAAUCGAUCCUCCUUUGUGUUCAGCUUCACUCGCAUCGUCGCGAAAUCUUGUCGCGCGUGACGCAAAGCUUCGUGACGGUGUAGCGACUAGUCGAUAACUUGUUGAGUCUGCAUUUUUUUCUUUUUGUUCAAUUAACAUCACAGAGACAUUUGUAUAUUUCUAAAACACAUCACUUCUGUUACUAUCGUUCUCCAACAGUUGAUUGUCAUAUGAACGAUGUAGCAUAAGGAAAUAGAGCGGUAGCGUCCAAUCUAUAACGUUCUCGCAUAGUGUGUAUUUAUCCAUAAAUAAUUUUUCCAAAUUGAUAACAAUUCCGGUUGCGCUUGUUUAAUUAUGUAUUACAUACGUUUAUCGUCUGCUAAUUUUCUUUAUUAUUCCGUUACAUUUUAUACAUAAGUGCUGCAUAUAGUAUGUACUUUUUCACGUCUAUAUAGGCACUGAAUAACACCGAUUGCUUCACACUUUCAAUGGGAUUUGUUCUAACAUGUUGCUUUUUUUGCAAAUCUUUUUUUUUCUUUAACACAGAUUUUUGUGAACUAUUAAAUUGGUAUAUGGGAUGAUUAGUAAUAAAUACGUCAGUGCACAUAAA